AUGCGGCCACCGAAUGAUGUCGCCGGUGUUCGAAGAAUCUUGGUUACUGUGAACAACCUAGCAAAAUUUCUUCCACACCUAUCAGAAGUCUCAGAGCCCCUUCGCUGGGACUGCACGCACGACCAAGCAUUUGCAACGAUCAAACACCUUAUCACCGAGCCACCUGUUUUGAAAUACUACGAGCCCGCUUGCCCAUUAGUUCUACAGUGUGAUGCUAGUGAUCACGGCUUGGGUGCAGCACUCAUCCUGAACGAAAAGCCCAUCGCCUUUGCCAGCAGAGCGUUGACUGACGCCGAACGAAAUUACGCCCAAAUCGAAAAAGAGCUCCUGGCAAUAGUAGGGAGUUUACGAAUGUGAGACGGCGACGUCAGGACGACGGCUAUCAAUACAAUAACAUUAAUCCUAUAGCACAAAAGAAAUGAAUAAUUAAAAGUCUAACAGGGUUUCUAGACGUCGUCCACGCUCUGUUGACAACAGCAAAAUGCAUAUUUUCACGUCUUCUUUAGUACACUAGCAUUUCAAGCCGUGACAGGUAGUUUUUCUAGCAGAGUUGAUCAACAUUGCUCUGAGGAUUAAAACUCUGUUUUACUCGUUCGAAACUAUUUUAAAUUCAUAAGAAAGUAAAU